GCUCCGCAAAAUCUCUGGGUGAGCAUCAUCGAACAACGCAGAUCAUCAAGCUUCCAUUGGACCAGCUUUUGUGCUUACAACCACAACCCGCAACGACAACAACUCCGACAUCCGUCUCCACCAUGGCUACUCGCUCAUCCGCGCGGCUCCUCAGCCGUCUGCAGCCCGCCCGUUGCCUCAAUGCCGCCGCUCGCCGCCCCGUUCCCCGGCCCACCUCCACGUUCCUCCGCACUGCCCCCCGCAGCAGCAUACGGUAUGCGUCACGCUACAGCGCCAGCGAGGAUGCCUCGACCCUCGAUGCCACGCCAGAAAACCCGCUGGAUCCCGUUGCUCUGCAUCGCGCUGAAGCUGCCCGUCGUGCCUACUACACCCGGCGGCGCAACUUCGCGGCGAUUGGAGCGGUGGUCUGCAUGGCCGUGCCGCUGAUGAUUGUGUACAACCUCGAUCUUGACGAGCUGAAGAAGCAGACCGCAGAGAAGACGGAUUCACCACAAACGGUCACGGAUGAGUUCCAGGGGCGGAAUGUCGUGCUUGCGCCCGGCGGCGAGAAGCUGCUGGCGGAAGGCAAGAACGGAAAGGCGGAUAUAGAGCUUGUGGAGACGGGCACGAGCAGCGUGCCUGUUUUCCCAAAGACAAUUAAGCUGCCCAGCGCCAGCGGCGACGAGGGCGAGAUCAAGGCGACCGAGACGACCGACUACACCUUGCUCGGCCUCGGCAUUCGCACCGUUUCUUUCCUCUCCAUUCAGGUCUACGUUGUUGGAAUUUAUGUUGAGAGCUCUGCGCUGCCGCGCCUGCAGGCCGCACUGAUCAAGCGCGUCAAUCCCACUGCUUCAACACUCAUCACGGGCGAAAAGGAUCAGCUCCGCUCCAGCUUGAUGUCGCCAGAGGAAUCCAACGCCAUCUGGGAAUCACUUCUCAAGGACGACAAGCUGCGCGCCAACAUGGCCAUCCGCAUUGUUCCUACGCGCGAGACCAACUUUCCUCAUCUGCGUGAUGGAUUAGUGCGCGGCAUUACCAAGCGCGUGCAAGAAGCCUCCGCGAUUAAGUCGGAAGGCACCGACUUUUCUGACGAGGCAUUCGGCGAGGCGAUGAGGGACUUCAAGGGCCUGUUCAACUCCCGCGGCAAGGCGCCAAAGGGAUCCAUUCUGCUGCUGAGGAGAGACUCCCAGGGCGCCGUUGAGAUGCUAUUCCAGGGCGGCAAAGAAGGAAAGGGCCCCCUUGAGCGUCUCGGCCAUGUCCAGGAUGAGAGAGUGAGCCGGAUGCUGUGGCUCCUGUAUCUUGGAGGCAAGAACGUGAGCAGCGAGGGCGCGAGGAAGAGCGUUGUAGACGGCUGCUUGGAAUUGGUUGAGAGGCCGAUUGGAACGGUCGAGACGAGGGUAGAAUAGCCGGAACAGGAAUGGGAGGAGCAAGUGAGGCAGGCAACCUUUUACUCGUCUAGUCGGACAGCAGUGUAGGAAGACAGGGCAUAAGCAUAAGGUGGUGUAUGUAUGAAGGUCCUCCCAAGGGAGAAUGGAGAUUGAUGCGCACU